AUGGCGGCCGGAGGCAGUGACCCUCGCGCCGGCGAUGUGGAGGAAGACGCCUCGCAGCUCGUCUUCCCCAAAGAGUUUGAAACAGCAGAAACUCUGUUAAAUUCUGAAGUGCACAUGCUUCUGGAGCAUCGGAAGCAGCAGAAUGAAAGUGCAGAGGAUGAACAAGAGCUCUCGGAGGUGUUCAUGAAAACGCUAAAUUACACUGCCCGGUUUAGUCGGUUUAAAAACAGGGAAACCAUUGCUAGUGUUCGGAGUUUGUUACUCCAGAAAAAGCUCCAUAAGUUUGAGCUGGCCUGCUUGGCAAACCUUUGUCCUGAGACGGCAGAAGAGGCAAAGGCUCUGAUUCCAAGCCUGGAGGGUCGAUUUGAAGAUGAGGAAUUACAACAGAUUCUUGAUGAUAUCCAGACCAAGAGGAGCUUCCAGUAUUAGUAAUAGGAGCCCAGCCCUUCAGUGAAGACAGAAGGGAAAUUUCCCAAAAUUCCUCUGCAGCUGAGAAGAACUCGGACUCUCUUCAGAGACCGUACGGAAAUUGAGUCGCGAAAGUUGGUCAAGCCUCCUGUGGACAAGGCAAUGCAAAGUCUUGCAUCAACAAGUAAUUCAAACUUGUGGAACAGUUGUGAUUCUGACUGACUCUUUGAAUAUUUGAGAUGUGGCUAAGGCCAGGAAUGUCAUUGACUCCUAAAGGGGCUUUGGGAUGAUUUCCUUUAAUGAUGGGUUUUUAAAUGAGAUGGUGGACCAGUACCUAGAUACUUGCAUCAUCCUCUCCGUCCCUUCUCUUCAAGGGAAGUGUUUAAGGGGAAAGAGUGAAGUGGGAGAGUUUAGCCAGUAAAUAUGGCAUGUUAUUGACUACCUCAUAUCACUGAAUUUGGCACUUCAUUUAUAUUCACGGAAUUUCAAGCUAUUGUGAAAUAUUAUUGACCCAGAUUAGAAUAUAUAAAAAUAAUUUGAGUAAAAAAAAGUUGUCUCAUAUAAAUGAUGGAAGGAAAAAUCAGAGUGAACCUAUACCUGAAUUGUUUGAAGUU